UAUAUCUCAGAUCCUAAACGUAUUGCUGAAAACUAAAAAAAAAACAAUUUAUAGUGUUGACGAAGAAAUGAAUUCUCUCUGUUCAGUAGCAGUCUUGCUUUCUUGCCUUGUGUUGUUCUUUCUUGCCAAAGAAUCUUUGUCACAUCCUUUAUGUAAUGAUUUGACUGCUCCGUUUAAUCUGAAGCAGCCGCUCUCUUUUUGUCAAUUCAAUGGAAGUGUAUGCUGUAACUCCCAUGAAGACUUGAAGUUGCAGAAGCAGUUUAAAGCAGUCAAUGUAACUGGUAGCUGUUCUUCGCUUCUCAAGUCAUUACUUUGCUCGAAGUGUGAUCCUUUCGCAGCAGAGCUUUUCCGUGCUGAGUCAGAAUCUAGACAAGUCCCUGUGCUCUGCAACUCCACAGAGUCUUCUCAAAAGUCAACACAAUCUCUUGCCGACAUUGAUUUCUGCGCAAGGUUUUGGAGUGAAUGUCAGAAUCUCUCUUUAACCAACACUCCUUUUGCAUCUCAAUCUGGAGAUAGAGGCAACUCCACAAUAUCUGAAAUAUGGAAAUCAAGAAAUGACUUCUGCAAGACUUUUGGUGGAUCUUCAGAUGAAUCCUCUGUGUGCUUCAAUGGCCAGGCGGUAUCAUUCAACAUUUCAAAAGCUACUGGUCCAUCUCCUUCAGGAAUAUGCCUUGAGAAGCUUGCAAACGGGUCUUUUCUUAACAUGGAACCUCAUCCUGAUGGCUCUAAUCGCGUCUUUCUGUCUGAUCAAGCUGGGAUGAUGUACUUGGCGACAAUCCCAUCUCAAGGAUCUAGAGAAGUUUUGACAAUAGACAAGACUAAUCUGUUUCUUGAUCUUACUGAAGAAGUUCACUUUGAUGCUGAGCUUGGUCUCUUAGGAAUAGCUUUUCAUCCUAAUUUCUUGAAAAACGGUAGAUUCUUUGUUUCUUUCAACUGUGACAGAGUUAAGUGGCCAGACUGUUCUGGCAAAUGCGCAUGCAACUCAGAUGUUGAGUGUGACCCUUCAAAGCUAGAUUCUGAUAACGGAGCAACCCCAUGUCAAUACCACAGCGUCAUAUCAGAGUUCUUUACUAAUGGGACUUAUGUUAACCCGGGGGAGGUAAGAAGAAUCUUUACAAUGGGUCUUCCUUUUACAUCACAUCACGGUGGACAAAUCUUGUUUGGACCUAAAGAUGGGUACUUGUAUUUCAUGAUGGGAGAUGGAGGAAGCAAAGGAGAUCCACACAACUUUGCACAGAACAAGAGAUCUUUGCUUGGGAAGAUCAUGAGGCUCGAUGUAAAUAAUGUUCCAGAUGCAAAAGCAAUGAGCGAGUUUCAGCUAUGGGGAAACUAUACUAUACCAAAAGACAAUCCGUUUACACAAGAUAAGAAUAUGCUUCCUGAAAUUUGGGCCAUGGGAGUUAGAAACCCAUGGCGAUGCAGUUUUGAUUCAGAGAGGCCGUCUUACUUCCUAUGUGCAGAUGUUGGAGAGGACAAGUAUGAAGAAGUGGAUAUGAUCACCAAGGGAGGAAACUAUGGUUGGCAUUACUACGAGGGACCUUUACCAUUUAAUCUCUCGGCCUCUUCUAAAACCAGCAAAAAAUCAACAAACAUUUCAAAUCCGAUCUUCCCGAUAAUGUGGUACAAACACUCGGACGUAAACCAGAAAGAAGGGUCUGCAUCAAUAACUGGAGGAUACUUUUAUCGUUCAUCUACUGAUCCAUGCUUGUAUGGAACGUAUCUCUUUGCAGACUUAUACGCUGGAGUCAUUUGGGGUGGAGCUGAAACUCCACUGGGUAGUGGAAACUUCAAGAGCUCUCAUAUUCCAUUACAAUGCGCCUCGGAUUCACCGAUAUCUUGCUCAUCUGAUGCAGAGUCUUCUUCAUCAUUGUCAUCUCCACCCCUUGGCUUUAUAUUCUCCUUUGGACAAGACAACAACAAAGAUAUCUACUUACUUGCAAGCUCUGGCCUUUACAGAAUUGUUCGUCCGAGCCGCUGUAACUUUCAUUGCUCUCUUGAAAACGGAACUUCAUUGGUUCCUUCACAUCGUUCUCCGCCGUCUCCAUCAUCGUCUCAACGACUACACAACAGCAUUAGUACUCUAGUAAUAACUUUCUUAGCGUGGUGUUUUCUUCUGUCUGUAAUACAGAAAAAAUGAACAUGUUUAAAUACCCGUACAUAAUAGAGAAGCAAAUGUCUGGGACUAAUUCUAUUGACCAAGGA